UUGAUGGGGAGGACUAAGCAGACCCUAGUAAGGGUGAGCCCCUCCCCGGAGGCGCCUGUGGAAUGUCCAUCCAGAGCUCUGGUCCGCUCCUUGGGAUGGGGGGGUGCCUAAUCCUAGAGCUGCAUUCCAGGAUAAGGGGGGGUGGGGAGAGGCUGGGCCGGGGGAGGGGCAGGAAAGAGGGCUAUAAGGACAGCGGCUCUGGCUGGCUGGAGCCAGGCAGGCCAUGGCGGAUGUCCCGGGGGCCCAGCGACCGGUUUCCAGCGGAGGCCCAGAGCCUCGGGAUCCCCUGGAUUGCUGGGCCUGCGCUGUGCUGGUAACAGCCCAGAAUCUACUUGUGGCUGCCUUCAAUCUUCUCCUGCUGACGCUGGUGUUAGGGACCAUCUUGCUACCCGCCGUCACCAUGCUGGGCUUCGGCUUCCUCUGCCAUUCCCAGUUCUUGAGAUCCCAGGCACCCCCUUGCACCGCUCACCUUCGGGACCCGGGCUUCACCGCCCUGCUGGUCACUGGUUUCCUGCUCCUUGUGCCGUUGCUCGUGCUUGCUCUGGCCAGCUAUCGCCGCCUCUGCCUGCGCCUCCGUCUGGCCGACUGCCUCGUACCCUACAGUCGAGCCCUCUAUAGGCGCAGACGCGCCCCGCAGCCACUGCAAACUCGGGCCUCACCAGGGUCCCCAGCCGUUCCCACAUCAGGAAAGGUCUGGGUCUGACGAAACCUCAAGUCAAGAACAACCCUGACUACAGUCUUCCCUCUCAUUCUGCCCAAGGACUUGAAAUCCUGGGGUCUUCUCUGCCCCCAACUCCUGCCUGAGCUGGGCCUAGCAUCCCCUUGGAG